GCUCAAGCUGUAAUCAUGCAGGUAUCAUCCCAGGCAAUCCGCCAGUACAUUCGGCCGCAAAUAAUAGCCCCAGCCUACGCGCCUCAAUUAAUUGCCCCAGCUUGCGCGCCCCAAAUAAUUGCCCCAGCUUGCCCGCCCCAAAUCAUAACCGCGCCCGCUCCCAUUGUACCCCAGCCCAUUAUUACCAAAGUUGGCCCCCCAAGCGUUGCAGAAAAUCUGGCAGAUACGCUAUCCCUGCUCACUGUCAGCAGCCUUUUAGCCGAAACCCUGCCUCUUGGCUACAAUAAUGUUAUUGGUGUCCCUACUCUACCCACCUGCGGAUGCGGAUGCGGUUAUCCUAACAUUUUCAUAUAAAUACUUUAAAACUGCUUUCUGAUCUGUAAUCUAGG